AUGAUCUCCGCCGACGGUUUCCGGUUCGGGUACCAGUUCAAGACGCCCACCCCGAACAUCGACCGCCUCAUGGCCGAGGGAACGUCGACCGACCGGGGUCUGAUCCCGGUCUACCCGACCCUCACUUUCCCCAACCACUACUCCCUCGUCACGGGCCUCUACCCGGCUUACCACGGCAUCGUAAACAACUACUUCGUCGACCCGGCCUCCGGCGACGAGUUCACUACGUCGAGCCACGACCCCAAGUUCUGGCUCGGGGAGCCGCUGUGGGAGACGGUGGCCAACCACGGCCUGCCAGCUGCCGCUUACUACUGGGCCGGAGCCGAAGUGGCGAAAGGAAGUUGGACUUGCCCGCCCCAGUUCUGCCCCAAGUACAACAGCUCCGUCCCAUUGGAGGAUCGAAUCGAUACCUUGCUCAGCAACUUUGAUUUGCCGCUCAAUGAAAUCCCGGUUCUCAUGAACCUCUACAUCGAUAUCCCUGAUAAACAGGGCCACCAGGUUGGGCCCGACGACCCACAAAUAACCACAGCCGUGGGCCGAGUGGACUCGCUACUGGGCAGGCUAAUCACCGGGCUGGAGCAGAGGGCCCUAUUGGACGAAGUGACGGUGAUCUUCGUAGGCGACCACGGCAUGGUCGGCACGUGCGACAAGAAGUACAUCUACAUCGAGGAUUUCGCUGAAUGGAUCGACAUCCCGGAAGAAUGGAUCAUGUACCACACUCCGGUGCUCUCCAUCCGCCCUCCGGCCGGCGUCGACGCCGCCGAGGUAGUCUCCAAGAUGACGGAAGCGCUGGAGUCGGGGAAGCUGAACAACGGCGGCAGCUUGAAGGUGUACCUGAAGGAGAACCUGCCAGCGAGGCUGCACUACUCCGACAGCGACAGGAUCACGCCCAUCAUUGGGAUUGUGGCGGAGGGUUACACGGUGGAGCAGCGGCGCGUGGCCGGGGAGGAGAUGUGUUGGGGUUCCCAUGGGUAUGAUAACGCUGCGUUUUCGAUGAGGACGAUUUUCGUCGGGAGGGGCCCGAAGUUCGGGAAGGGAGUGGUGGUGCCGUCGUUUGAGAACGUGGAGCUUUAUAAUGUGGUUACUUCGAUCCUGGGGAUUUCCGGGGCUCCGAAUAAUGGGACUUCGGGUUUUGUCAACACCGUUCUGCGGAGAAGAUGA